AUGCUAGGCGGAUCUUUUGCCAACAUGCAACAGUCUUUACAACAACAAGUGAUGCAAAAUCCAGAACUACUCCGAACGAUGUUAGACAAUCCCAUUGUGCAAUCUCUCAUGAGCAACCCCGAUGUUUUGCGAAGCCUUUUUCAAGCCAACCCGCAAAUGCGAGAACUAAUGGAGCGUAAUCCUGAGGUUGGACACACGCUGAAUAACCCAGCUCUAUUGCGGCAGUUGAUGGAGGUUGCACGCGACCCUGUUAUGAUGCAGGAGAUGAUUCGAAACUACGAUCGAGCCCUGUCCAAUUUAGAAUCAGUUCCCGGAGGUAUGAAUCAUCUCCAACGCAUCUUUCGAGAUAUCCAUGUGCCACUGAUGGAUGCCGCUGCAAGCAUGGGACCCGGUGGUUCCAACAAUCAAUCCUCUACGGCAUCGUCGAAUCCCUUUGCAGACUUAGCGGGAGGCGCUCGGCAGGCUGCCCCCACCAAUGAGCCCAUGCCGAAUCCAUGGGCUCCCAAUAAUAACCCAUCGUCCACGACCCCGGCUACUCAAGGUACGAACACCAGUACGACAUCUGCAGGUGGACAGAACAGUAGUCUAAUGCAGAAUAUGUUAGAUCAGCUUUCGGCACAACCAGAGUUAGUAUCUAAUGCAUUCCAGGUGCCGUAUGUACAAGCUAUGUUGGAAGCGAUGAGUGCAGAUCCUUCGGCGAUGGAAAACCUGAUAAUGAACAAUCCCAUGAUUGCUAGUGUUGACCCAAGUGUUCGCGAACAAAUGCGCCAAAUGCUUCCGCAAUUGACAACACAACUCAACCAACCCGCAUUCAUGGAUAUGCUGCGCAAUCCCCGAGCACUGCAGCGCGUGCGAAUGGGGAAAAUCGGCUGUUGGACCAUUGUCUACUGUCCUAAUAAUCCGUUCGCACAUCACCUGUUUCCGGAUCAGCGCGUGCUAUCUGCAGCUUCAAUGUCGGUGUAA